UGGGAGCCUCCGCUGCGCCGGGUGCUUGGAGCGCGCGUCUCUGCUUCGCUGCAGCCGCGGUCGCCGUCGCCUGCCCGCCUGCCCUCGGCGCGUCCUCGCCGCGCUCCAGUCCUUGCGGCCGGCCCGGGGCGUGCACGGUCGCUGCGGGCAGCGUGUCCUCGCUGAGGCCCGGAGGCGAUGGCCACCAAGAUCGACAAAGAGGCUUGCAGGACGGCGUACAACCUGGUGCGCGACGACGGCUCGGCCGUCAUCUGGGUGACUUUUAAAUAUGAUGGCUCCAUCAUCGUCCCCGGCGAACAGGGAGCGGAAUACCAGGACUUCAUCCAGCAGUGCACAGAUGAUGUGCGGUUGUUUGCCUUCGUGCGCUUCACCACUGGGGAUGCCAUGAGCAAGAGGUCCAAGUUCGCGCUCAUUACCUGGAUUGGCGAGAAUGUCAGCGGGCUGCAGCGGGCCAAAACUGGCACGGACAAGACCCUGGUGAAGGAGGUUGUGCAGAAUUUCGCUAAAGAGUUUGUGAUCAGUGAUCGGAAGGAGCUGGAGGAAGAUUUCAUCAAGAAUGAGCUCAAGAAGGCGGGGGGAGCCAAUUACGACGCCCAGGCCGAGUAACCCCAUCCCUCCCCCGCCCCUUGCCAAAGUCAUCUGCCUGCUCCCUGGGAGAGGGGACCCCUCCCUCGGCUACCAGCCCACCUCUUAGGUGGGACCUUAGGUGGGACCUCUUAGGUGGGUCUGCCACCCACCAGGGAGAGGAGACCCAAUGAGAGGCAACGCCUGCCACCCUGCCACCCAAUUCCCUUCCCCGCUUCCCUCCUGGGCCCUGUUGUGUCCUAUCUCACGAAGCUCAUUGAACAUCUUUCUUUUAUCUUCUUGUUUUUUUAUCCUCUCUCUUUUUCGUUCUAAAGAAAAAUCAUUUUGAUGCCAAGGUCAUGCAUAUCAUCAGAUCUAAGGUGCCUCCUGCAGUCACCCCCUUUUCUGGCAAGUCGCUCAUGCGCCUGCCCGGCCUCCACCAUGGCCUCAUGCUGCUGCUGGGCCAGUGCCGCCUUCUUGGUCUCUCUGGCCUACUGGCCACUGAGGUGCCAGGGGCUGUGCCAGAUGGCCGUCUUCAGGGCCCACACAUCCAUCCCUUCCUCAGGCUCAGAGCUACUAGAGCAUGCCCCAGGCCCCUCCCCACACCCCACUCAAAGUUGCCUAAGCUCCAUGUCCGACAGAGAUGGUGCUUGGUGGUGAGAAGUUUAGGCCUGACUCAGAACAGAGAGAACAUUUGCCUUAAAACUUUGCCUGGCAAAGCCACGUGGUCUGAAAUGGCCCGUUUUGGCCUUUUGAUGGACAUCGCUUGAAGGCCAGGAGAGGAGGCAAAGGUCUGAGUCUAGACUGGAUGGGAGGAUCAUUCAGGGUUCACUUCAGGGGCUCCCAAAGUAAUGUAGGGAGCAUGGCCCGAUGGGCAGACGGGACUUUAGAACUGGAACUCACCCUGGACGGUCAGGAAGGGCCAUCGCCAACAGCUGUGCCGGCCAGGCCAGGGCCUGCUCCCUGUGGGGUGAGCAGUAGCCCCGCCUUGGGGGGACCAGAAACUCUGUGGUUUUAAUUCUCAGUCUGCACCACACAUGCAAAGGGAUUUUCUUGUUCUCUUUUCAAAGAAAGAUGGGAUUGGCUUAGUUCGUCAUGGGCACAUUUUAUAGCGUUCUUUUUCUUUGUUUCCUUGCUCAUUACACUCGGGAGAAACCUGUGCUGUGCUGGGGGGUGACCAUCUGCCCCCCAAAAGAUACAGGAAUAAAUGUUGAUUUUGUUUUUCAAAAA